CCAUUCCCAUCACACAAGACACAACGUACACCUCUGCGACCGCGAUAGCGAGAGUGGAAGAGUAGAUCGACGGGCAUGGCGAUAUGAGGAAGGAGGUCCUCCUGGCGGCCAUGAUGCUGGCGCUGGUGGUGGCGGCGCCGGGCGGGGCGCGUGCCGCGUGCGUGGUGGGGCAGCUGACGGUGUGCAUGCCGGCGAUCACCACCGGUGCCAAGCCGAGCGGCGCGUGCUGCGCCAACCUGCGCGCGCAGCAGGCGUGCUUCUGCCAGUACGCCAAGGACCCCUCCCUCGGCGCCUACAUCCGCAGCCCCCACGCGCGCGAGACCCUCGUCACCUGCGGCCUCGCCGUCCCGCACAGCUAGGCGCCAGGCCGCCUAGCGAGUAUGUAUGGCUCAGCUAUAGCUGCCUCCGCCGUCCAUCAGAUGAGAGAUGAGACUAUAGCUAGCCUAGCUGGUGAGUGCGCGAUGCGUCCAUGCCGCAUGCAUCCAUGUUCCUGUUCGAUGGAUGAUGAUGGAAUAAAAUAAAAGAUGUUGGGUGAUGAUGCUGGAAUAAAAUGACCGACUUUUGUUAA